UGUUCUCUUUACUGGAACAGAAACGCACAGAGGCGUGCGAGUUAGCGUGUAGGUUAACGUUAAUGCAGUGCGGCGGAGGACGGCGGCGUUAAUCAGAAUCAUAAUACGAGACGCGGACGGUCUCUGUUUAAUUAAAGUGUAUUUUCAAAAUCAAACUCCGUUGAACUGAGAAACGACAUGUAAAACGGUGAUGAGCCGCGUCUAAUGACGAGCUUUAGUCUCGGCCACAAACAACAACACGAAGCUGAAGUUAGCUUCCUAAUUCGAAUUCUCCGUUCCACCUUAAAUGUUGCAGCAGUCCCAUUCUGCCGCCUCCAGUGCCAGAAUAGCAGUGCUGCACCAUUUAAGGUGGAACGGAGAAUUCGAAUACUUCAGCCUCGUAACAACUUUGUCAUAGCUGAGCGAAUAUAAAAGCCUGUCUGCUUCAAAGAGCCUAGUUUAGCUUAGCCUAGCCGGUUUGACCCGAUACUACACGUCGGCAGUGUUGUAACAUUAGUUUAGCCUAACAGCGCUCAGCUUCAGCCCCGCCGAUACGGACAUUGUCUCACUUUUAAUCGGAACAGUAACGGCGCCGUGACGGAUAAUCAGCUAAAACUGGGCUGGAUUGGUCGAAACUCACUGUAGCAGCUUAGCUUAGCCAAGGCCGCUGCUAACCAGCUCGCUUUAGCUUGCUGUUUUGCUAAUGUUGACCUCUUUUGCUGAUCAUCCUGACCUGAAUUCGCCGUAAAGUAAGGCUGCCGGUUGGGGCUUUUGCACACGGCUGUGAAUGGUAGUUUAUAGUAAGGGUAUGUCCCUUCAGGAGAGAGGUGCCAAUGUCCAACCGGCCUAAUUCCAAUCCAGGGGGGUCACUGCGCCGUUCACAGAGGAACACAGCCGCGGCCCAGCCACACGACCACACGCUCACAGGAAGGUUGCAGUCAGAGCACGCCAAACAUAAAGCAAAUUCCCCUCCUGAAAGUAGAAGAUCAUAUACUAAAGCUCCCAAAGCCCCGCCCACCUCAGCCGCUGGCUCCGCCCGUGGCCACACCUCCCGCAGAAACAGUCUCUCUCUGUCCGUGGGAACCCACUCUGUGUCGGAUCCAGAUUCAGAAGCAGCAGGAAGUUCAGGCCAGCAGGAGCAGCGUGAAGGCAGCGGCGUUAGCAUUAGCAGCAUUAGCGUAAGUCGCUCUCUCAAACGAAGCUCCGCCUCCGAGCACAACAACACCGGCUCCUAUUCUCCUAGUCCGGCCAAGCGGCCCAAAGCCCAGUCUGAGAGCUCCAGCGCCGGACCCUCGGACCCACCAGGAGCCCCCGAGCCCAAAUCCAAGUCCAAGAAGCGGCGUUUAGCGCCAGAGCCGCCCCCCAGGGCCGUGAGCAGGAAGAGCAGCCCGGGCCCCGGGCCCAGCGGGGCCUCCAACGCCUCCUCGUCCUCACAUAAACGCAAGAAAGCCGACGCUUCCUCCUCAUCCUCUUCCUCUUCGUCCUCCUCUUCCUCUUCCUCGUCUCUCGGGGGCCUCCCGCCCCCCCGCAGUGAGGCCGGCCGGCCAGCGAAACCCUCCAAGCUGGCGUCCAAACCGGCCGCUUCAGCCAAAGCCGGGUGCAGCGCCGUCACAGACUCCUCCUCUUCCUCCGCCUCUUCCUCCUCUGCAUCCUCUUCUUCCUCCUCCUCGGCGGCAGCGGGCGUCAACAGCUGCGCCCCACCACAGGGUGCCCGGCUGAAGCAGGGUAAGGACCAGAGUAAAUCUCGCCGCUCGCGCUCCGCCUCCUCCCCCUCGCCCCGCAGAAGCAGUCGUGACAAGGAGCAGCCCAAAGCUGCCGGAUCCUCCAAGUUCGAGUGGACGUCCCGCUUCAACCCCAAAGUCAACCUGCCAAAGCCCAGACUGUCCCUGCCCGGGUCAUCCAAACCGGAGAGCUCGUCCAAGCCCGGACCGUCCGGACUGCAGGCCAAACUCGCAAGUUUGAGGAAGUCCAGUAAGAAGCGUAGUGAGUCUCCCCCAGCAGAGCUCCCCAGCUUUAGGAGGAGCACACGCCAGAAGACCACGGGCUCCUGCGCCAGCACCAGUCGGCGAGGCUCUGGCCUGGGAAAGCGCGGGGCAGCCGAUACUCGCCGACAGGACAAAAUGGCCGACUCCGACAACAACCAGGAUGGAGCAAACUCAUCAGCUGCGAGAACAGAGGAGACGCCCCAGGGAGCUUCAGCCUCUAGCUCAGUAGCCGGAGCCGUAGGGAUGACCACGUCCGGGGAGAGCGAGUCGGAUGACUCUGAAAUGGGCCGACUGCAGGCCCUGCUGGAGGCCCGUGGUCUCCCACCUCACCUGUUCGGACCCCUGGGGCCCCGCAUGUCCCAGCUGUUCCACCGCACCAUCGGCAGCGGAGCCAGUUCUAAAGCCCAGCAGCUCCUGCAGGGUCUCCAGGCUACGGGUGAUGAGUCUCAGCAGCUGCAGGCUGCUAUAGAGAUGUGCCAGCUGCUGGUGAUGGGUAACGAGGAGACACUGGGCGGGUUUCCCGUGAAGAGCGUCGUUCCUGCGCUGAUCACACUAUUACAGAUGGAGCAUAACUUUGAUAUUAUGAACCAUGCCUCCCGAGCUCUGACCUACAUGAUGGAGGCUCUGCCGCGCUCCUCCGCCGUCGUGGUGGACGCCAUCCCUGUCUUCCUGGAAAAGCUUCAGGUGAUCCAGUUCAUCGAUGUGGCUGAACAGGCUCUGACUGCUCUGGAGAUGCUGUCACGGCGACACAGCAAGGCCAUCCUGCAGGCUGGUGGUCUAGCGGACUGCUUGCUGUAUCUGGAGUUUUUCAGCAUUAACGCUCAGAGGAACGCGUUAGCCAUAGCCGCUAACUGCUGUCAGAGCAUAACUCCGGACGAGUUUCACUUUGUGGCCGACUCUCUGCCACUGCUCACGCAGAGACUCACUCACCAGGAUAAGAAGUCUGUGGAGAGCACUUGUCUCUGUUUUGCCAGGCUGGUGGACAACUUUCAGCACGAGGAGAAUCUGCUGCAGCAGGUAGCAUCUCGUGACCUUCUGACCAACAUCCAGCAGCUGCUGGUGGUCACUCCGCCAGUGCUGAGCUCUGGAAUGUUCAUCAUGGUGGUUCGCAUGUUCUCCCUCAUGUGCUCCAACUGCCCGACCCUUGCUGUCCAGCUGAUGAAGCAGAAUAUCGCAGAGACUCUGCGCUUCCUGCUGUGUGGAGCGUCUAACGGAAGCUGUCAGGAGCAGAUCGAUCUGGUACCCAGAAGCCCCCAGGAGCUUUACGAGCUCACCUCCCUCAUAUGUGAGCUGAUGCCGUGUCUGCCCAGAGAGGGGAUCUUUGCGGUGGAUGCGAUGCUGAAGAAGGGCAGUGCCCACACUACAGAGGCGGCUGUUUGGCAGUGGAGAGACGACCGUGGUCUGUGGCAUCCUUACAACCGCAUCGACAGCCGCAUCAUCGAGACAGCCCAUCAGAACGGUGAGGAUGAGAUCAGUCUGUCCACGCUGGGCCGCGUUUACACUAUCGACUUUAACUCUAUGCAGCAAAUUAACGAGGACACUGGCACUGCCCGCGGCAUCCAGAGGAAACCAAACCCGCUGGCCAAUCCAAACUCCGGAGGUCAUCUGGAGGUACGUGGGGAGGACGCUCGCGCUCAGCUGAUGAAGGAGGACCCCGAGCUGGCGAAGUGUUUUAUAAAGACGCUGUUCGGUGUGCUGUACGAAGUGUACAGCUCCUCCGCCGGACCUGCUGUCAGACACAAGUGCCUUAGAGCCAUCCUCCGCAUCAUCUACUUCGCAGAUGCUGAGCUGCUGAAGGACGUCCUGCGCAACCACGCCGUGUCCAGUCACAUAGCCUCCAUGCUGUCCAGUCAGGACCUGAAGAUUGUAGUGGGCUCUCUGCAGAUGGCGGAGAUCCUCAUGCAGAAGCUGCCCGACGUGUUCAGCGUCUAUUUCAGACGAGAAGGUGUGAUGCACCAGGUGAAGAACCUGGCAGAGUCAGAGACAUUUUUCACCAGCCCCCCCAAAGCCUGCACAAGCGGGACCACCAGCCUGUGCACCACCACCAUCACCACGGCGACCACCACCGCCGCUUCCAACGUCACUCCGGACCUCGGCUCGCCGAGCUUCCAGCACAGCAUGGACGACUCGCUGGACCUCAGCCCUCAGGGUCGUCUGAGUGAUGUUCUAAAGAGGAAGCGUCUACCUAAGAGAGGACCCCGCCGCCCCAAAUACUCGCCCCCCAGAGACGAUGAGAAAGUGGACAAUCAGGCUAAGAGUCCCACCACUACAGCGUCCCCCAAAUCCUCCUUCCUGGCCAGUCUGAACCCCAAAACGUGGGGCAAACUGGGAGCCCAGACCAACAGCACUAACUCGGAGCCGUCCCGCACGGCUGGCGUCAGCGGUCUCGCCCGAGCCACGCCCAAAGACUCUGUCUCCAACAACAGGGAUAAGAUCAAAGCGUGGAUAAAGGAGCAGGCCAGUAAAUUUGUGGAGCGAUAUUUUAACUCUGAGAAUGUGGACGGCAGCAACCCGGCGCUGAACGUCCUGCAGAGACUGUGUACGGCGACAGAGCAGCUUAAUCUGCAGGUGGAUCGCGGUGUGGAGUGCCUGAUGGAGAUCUGCAGCAUCGUGUCCGAGUCGGACGUGUCGUCGUUCGAGAUCCAGCACAGCGGGUUGGUGAAGCAGCUGCUGCUCUAUCUGACCUCCAACAGCGACAGAGACAUCGUCAGCAGAGACCAGAGGAUCAAGAGGUUCCUGCACAUCUUCUACGGCUGUCCUCUGCCGGGUCAGGAGCCCCUGUACCGUCUGGAGCCGACGGAGAACGGGCCGCUGCUGGCGCUGGUCCACAAAAUGAACAGCUGUCUGAGUCAGAUGGAGCAGUUUCCCGUUAAAGUUCACGACUUUCCCAGCGGGAACGGAAACGGCAGCAGAGGUUCUCAGGCUCUGAAGUUCUUCAACACCCACCAGCUGAAGUGCCAGCUGCAGAGACACCCGGACUGCACCAACGUGAAGCAGUGGAAGGGGGGGCCUGUUAAAAUUGACCCUCUUGCGCUGGUUCAGGCCAUCGAGAGAUACCUCGUUGUCAGAGGUUACGGUCGAGUCCGAGAGGAGGAUGAAGACAGCGAUGAUGAUGGUUCAGACGACGAAAUCGAUGAAUCGCUGGCGGCUCAGUUCCUGAAUUCGGGCAGCGUGCGUCACCGUCUGCAGUUCUACAUCGGAGAGCACCUGUUGCCCUACAACAUGACCGUGUACCAGGCAGUGCGGCAGUUCAGCCUCCAGCCAGAGGAGGAGCGAGAGAGCACAGAUGAUGAGGCCAAUCCGCUCGGACGAGCCGGAAUAUGGACCAAAACACACACUAUAUGGUAUAAGCCAGUGAGGGAGGAUGAGGACGGCUGUAAAGAUGCUGUUGGAGGGAAGAGGGGUCGAGCACAAACAGCUCCCACCAAAACGUCCCCGCGCAACGCUAAGAAACAGGACGAGCUGUGGCACGAUGGCGUCUGUCCGAGUGUCACUAACCCGUUGGACGUGUACCUCAUAUCUGAGCCUCCAGAGGGAAUCACGUUUGAUGACCCGUCUCUGGAGGUCAUCCUGCUGCUGAGGGUUCUGCACUCCAUUAGCAGAUACUGGUUCUACCUCUACGAUAAUGCUGUGUGUAAGGAGAUCAUCUCCACCAGCGAGUUCAUUAACAGUAAACUGACGGCGAAGGCAAACCGGCAGCUGCAGGAUCCGCUCGUCAUCAUGACUGGAAACAUCCCCACCUGGCUCACCGAGCUGGGGAAGACCUGUCCGUUCUUCUUCCCCUUCGACACGCGGCAGAUGCUGUUUUACGUCACCGCUUUUGACCGAGACCGGGCCAUGCAGCGCCUGCUGGACACAAACCCCGAAAUCAACCAGUCAGAUUCACAGGACAGCCGAGUGGCGCCGCGACUCGACAGGAAGAAGCGGACGAUAAACCGUGAGGAGCUGCUGAAGCAGGCGGAGUCGGUGAUGCAGGAUCUGGGCAGCUCCAGAGCGAUGCUGGAGAUUCAGUAUGAAAAUGAGGUGGGGACAGGUCUGGGUCCUACACAGGAGUUUUAUGCUCUGGUGUCUCAGGAGCUGCAGAGAGCUGAUCUGGGUCUCUGGAGAGGAGAGGAGGUCACACUGGCCAACCCGAAAGGGAGUCAAGAGGGCACAAAGUACAUGUUCAGCUCCAGAGGACUGUUCGCCGUCCCGUUCGGCCGCAGCACCAAACCUGCACACAUCGCCAAGAUCAAAAUGAAGUUCCGUUUCCUUGGAAAACUCAUGGCCAAAGCCAUCAUGGACUUCAGGCUGCUGGACCUGCCGCUGGGGUUGCCGUUCUAUAAGUGGAUGUUGAGACACGAGUCGUCCAUCAGCUCCCACGACCUGGUCAACAUCGACCCUGGAGUGGCCAAAUCCAUCCAGCACCUGGAGGACAUCAUCAGACAGAAGAAGAGGCUGGAGCAGGACCAAUCACACACGAGGGAGACGCUGCAGCAGGCGCUGGAGAGUCUGAACAUGAACGGCUGCUCGGUGGAGGAUCUGGGGCUGGACUUCACGCUGCCCGGGUUCCCAAACAUCGAGCUGAAGAAGGGCGGGAAGGACGUUCCUGUGACCAUCCACAACCUGGAGGAGUAUCUGAGGUUGGUCGUGUACUGGACCCUGAAUGAAGGAGUGUCGCGGCAGUUUGAGUCGUUCAGGGAAGGAUUCGAGUCGGUCUUUCCCCUCCACCAUCUGCAGUACUUUUACCCUGAGGAGUUGGAUCAGUUGCUGUGCGGUAGCAAGUCUGAAACGUGGGAUGUGAAAACUCUGAUGGAAUGCUGCAGACCUGAUCACGGAUACACACACGACAGUCGGGCAGUCCGUUUCCUGUUUGAGGUUCUCAGCAGUUUUGAUGCGGAGCAGCAGAGACUUUUCCUCCAGUUUGUGACGGGGAGCCCUCGACUACCGGUGGGAGGUUUCCGGAGUUUGAACCCUCCUCUGACCAUCGUACGCAAAACGUUUGAGUCGACGGAGAACCCGGACGACUUCCUGCCGUCGGUGAUGACGUGCGUGAACUACCUGAAGCUGCCGGAUUACUCGAGCAUCGAGAUCAUGCGUGAGAAACUGUUAAUCGCAGCUCGCGAAGGACAGCAGUCCUUCCAUCUGUCCUGAUCGCCCUCAAACUCACGCAGAAAUGCCUUCAGAACCCACCGCAGAACCCAGAACCCACACGCAUCACCACUUCCUCCCUUCCUCUACAGUUUUCUAUUGUUUCUCUCUUUUUCCUCGUUUUGUUUUGGUCUUUUUUGUAAGCACCCACACUGAGGCGGCGCGUACAGACGCCUCGCUGUUCAGAGAAAAGCAGCCGGUGGAAACAAAAAGCCGAAGAAAAGAGACUGAUGUUCUAUCUGCUGCCCUCCUUUUCCACUGAGAGCGGAAAAAUCGGCAUUGAGAGACUCCGGAACUCCGAAAUAAAACAAAAUAAAACAGAAAUUAGAAGUCGAUGCAGAUCUGAAGCCUAUAUCAGUAGCUGAGUAAUGUUAAAGAGGUUGGGUGAAGUUUUCAAUCCUGCGUUGCUGUGUGAUAUUUAAAGAGAAAAAAGGGAUUUUUUUUUCCUCUGAAGUGGUGAAUGACAUCAUCACUGUGUGCUUUCAGGGGGGGAGGGGGGUCCAUCCAGCAGGCGGCGCUCUCUUACAGCUCCAAAGAUCAUUUGUACAGACCAACAUUUGCAGAUUUUGCUCAUUCUACAUUUGAUAGAAUAGCCGUGUGGCCCCAAACGACGUCCUCCUGCUUUCUGUUCUGUAUCGAACUCCAGUUCGUGCUGCAUUUCGGUUCCUGUUCCUUUUAAUUUCUCUCCUCUUGUUUGCAAACAUUUUUCAGAAAAAAUGUAAGAAAGUUGCAGUUGGAUGCGGGUAGUGAUGGAAGUGUAGUAUCUAUUAUUGUACUAUUAUUAUUAUUAUUAUUAUUAUUAUUAUUAUUAUUAAAAUUAUUUUUGUUUUUGUUUUUUUAUCAGAGUUGAAAUGGUUUUCUGGCCGACAUUUAAACUUUGAGUGUCGCUCGUGUUGAACAUUUUAUCCACAGCGCUGGAUAGACAGACUUUUCUAUUUUUUUCUUUUUCGUUGUUCUUUUUUUUUGUUUUGUUUUUGUUUUUUUUUGUUUUUUUGUUUUGCUCUCUGUGGGUUAGUGUAGUGCCUCUGCUGGAUGCACGGGGAACUUCAGCGAAAACGGCCUGCUCUCAUCCCGUCAUGUAGCCGAGCACAAAGUUAAUUAAAAAAAGAAAGAAAAGAAUUGGCUGGUCUCAUUUUAUCGUUUCAUGGCCAGAUAACAUUUCAAAACAAAUCAUUUAUGGAAUAAAGUUUAUAUGCAGUUUUCACGCCCGGUUUGAGGCGGAAUCAUCUGCCGUUUUUAUUUUCUAUUAUUAUUUUCUUUCCUUGCUGUAGUUUUUUUGCACUGCUGGCUUGGAUCAGACCGUGGUGUGUGCACUGCAGUGUGUUGUGGGGCGGGGGGGGCCGCUGUCCUUCACUCUCCUGACCCCAAACGUUCAUGUGCUGGUUUCUAAAAUCUGCAAUAAUUUACUGCAUCAGGUUCUUGUUUUUACCUGGACAUAAAUAAAGUAACUGUUUGACUCAGA